GUUACCGGUCUCGCCAUGGAGCGGAAAGGUGAGCAGUGGAGCGGCCUCCGCCACGAGGGGCAACGGCCUCCAGGGCGAGGCCCGGGUCAGAGCCCGCAGCUGCGCCUAACCGCCGUGGUUGAGUCCCCGGGCGUGCGGCGCCCCUCCACUGAGGUGGCGACGCCCCUCACCCCCCGCUGCUGGGCUGCCGGUCCGCGCCCCCCAACCGGGGCGUCCUCCCGCGCCGGCCGUCAUCGCCCCUUGUUCCCCGCCAGGCCGGCCGGAGCCUUGUGGUCACCGCGGGGCCCGGCCCUCGGCGGGCGAGGCAGACCCAAGCCUGCCGGCCCCCUUAACCGGCCCAAGCCCCCUCCGGCGCCUUCCGCCUGGUCGCUGCUCUGCGCCCCGUGGGCCGCCCGCCCCCCGGCCGACCGCCUCGCUGAAGCCGCGGCUCUCGCCCCGGAGCCGUCCCCGAGGCAGGCCCCGCAGCCGGGCCUGGCAGCCCUGCUAGGUCUCCACCCUCACCUUGGUCGCCUCCUUCCCUCCACAUUCGCCCUUCAUCAAUCCCUCUCUCCUGCAGUGCUUGCGCUCCAGGCCCGAAAGAAAAGGACCAAGGCCAAGAAGGACAAAGCCCAAAGGAAAUCUGAAACUCAGCACCGAGGUUCUGCACCCCACUCUGAGAGUGAUCUACCAGAGCAGGAAGAGGAGAUCCUGGGAUCUGAUGAUGAUGAGCAGGAGGACCCCAAUGAUUAUUGUAAAGGAGGUUAUCACCUGGUGAAAAUUGGAGACCUAUUCAACGGGAGAUAUCAUGUGAUCCGAAAACUGGGUUGGGGACACUUUUCAACAGUAUGGUUGUCAUGGGAUAUUCAAGGAAAGAAGUUUGUGGCAAUGAAAGUAGUUAAAAGUGCUGAACAUUAUACCGAAACGGCACUAGAUGAAAUCCGGUUGCUGAAAUCAGUUCGAAAUUCAGACCCUAAUGAUCCAAAUAGAGAAAUGGUUGUUCAACUACUAGAUGACUUUAAAAUAUCAGGAGUUAAUGGAACCCAUAUCUGCAUGGUGUUUGAAGUUUUGGGGCAUCAUCUCCUCAAGUGGAUCAUCAAGUCAAAUUAUCAGGGGCUUCCACUGCCUUGUGUCAAAAAAAUUAUUCAGCAAGUAUUGCAGGGUCUGGAUUAUUUACACACCAAGUGCCGUAUCAUCCACACUGACAUUAAACCUGAAAACAUCUUAUUGUCAGUGAAUGAGCAGUACAUUCGAAGGCUGGCUGCAGAAGCAACAGAAUGGCAGCGAUCUGGAGCUCCUCCGCCUUCCGGAUCCGCAGUCAGUACUGCUCCCCAGCCUAAACCAGCUGACAAAAUGUCAAAGAAUAAGAAGAAGAAAUUGAAGAAGAAGCAGAAGCGCCAGGCAGAAUUACUAGAGAAGCGAAUGCAGGAAAUUGAGGAAAUGGAGAAAGAGUCGGGCCCUGGGCAAAAAAGACCAAACAAGCAAGAAGAAUCAGAGAGUCCUGAAAGACCCUUGAAAGAGAACCCACCUAAUAAAAUGACCCAAGAAAAACUUGAAGAGGCAAGUACCAUUGUCCAGGAUCAGACACUUAUGGAACAUGGUGUAGAGGGUGGUGCAGCAGAAAUUAAUUGCAAUGGAGUAAUUGAAACCAUUAAUUAUACUGAGAACAGUGAUAAAGAAACAUUGAGGCUUAAAGAGGAUCUGCAUAAUGCUAAUGACUCUGAUGUCCAAAAUUCGAAGCAGGAGCCUAGUUUCCUAAGCUCACAAAAUGGAGACAGCAGCACAUCUCAAGAAAUAGACUCUUAUAUACCUGUAGCUUCUGAGACAUCAGAUACCAUGGUUUGCCAGUCUUCCUCAAAUGUAGACCAGGACAUCAGCCAACUUCAAGAAAGCAUUCGGGCAGAGAUACCUUGUGAGGACGAACAAGAGCAGGAACAUAAUGGACCACUGGACAAUAAAGGAAAAUCCACUGCUGGAAAUUUUCUUGUUAAUCCCCUUGAACCAAAAAAUGCAGAAAAGCUCCAAGUGAAGAUUGCUGAUCUUGGAAAUGCCUGUUGGGUGCACAAACAUUUCACUGAAGAUAUUCAAACAAGGCAGUAUCGCUCCUUGGAAGUUCUGAUAGGAUCUGGUUAUAAUACUCCUGCUGAUAUCUGGAGCACCGCAUGCAUGGCCUUUGAACUGGCUACAGGCGACUAUUUGUUUGAACCUCAUUCAGGGGAAGAGUACACUCGAGACGAAGAUCACAUUGCAUUGAUCAUAGAACUUCUGGGGAAGGUGCCUCGCAAGCUGAUUGUGGCAGGAAAAUAUUCCAAGGAAUUUUUCACCAAAAAAGGUGACCUGAAACACAUCACGAAGCUGAAACCCUGGGGCCUUUUUGAGGUUCUAGUGGAGAAGUAUGAAUGGUCUCAGGAAGAGGCAGCUGGCUUCACGGAUUUCUUACUGCCUAUGUUGGAGCUGAUCCCCGAGAAGAGAGCCACCGCUGCCGAGUGUCUCCGGCACCCCUGGCUCAACUCCUAAGCCCAGGCCCAGCACCACAGCAGAGAUCAUACGCUGACCCUUCUCUCCUCCUCUCCAGGCAUUUCCGUCUUCCCUUUUCAGGGUGAAGCUCUUCCUUCGAGGGUUUCUAGAAUUGUUUUUUUUUUUUUUUUUAAUCCAACAUGUUCAUUUGGGUUUGCUUACUUGACCCUGUGGAGAUCCCACAGCUAUUGGGCAUCCUAGGUGAAUUUGGCCUUAGUUGGGCUCUGCCAAAGACUAAUAGACUGAAAUGUGAAACAGCCUCUUGCCCUGUACCCUUGCCUUUCCAUUAGGACAUCCUUUAAACUAUAAGCAUCCUUUUUAAAAAGAGCUAUGAAGAAGUAUGAGCCCAUCCUUUUAUUCACUGACUCUAAGAGUCAAAUUUUCUAGUGUGUAUCCAAUUGCCAGCAUAAGGAUGAGGGGGGAACGGGUGUCAAUUCUGUGUACAGCAGAGACAUUAAACUUGCUGUCUCCAGGCUGCAUCAUCUUCCUGGAUUAUUUCUGUUGUUCUUCAUGUUCACAUUUUUUCCUGCGACUUUUAACCUAUCUUCCUAGAUGGGCUGAAUAAACGCCAAGUUUGGGUCCCAUUUUCUCACUGUUGAAAGCACUGUCAGAUUCCUUUCAUCCUUUAAUAACUCUAAGAUCCUUGAAUCCUCAGUCUGAUUAAUAAUGGAAACAAAACGGAGCCAGCGAGUAGCAGUUUCUUCAGACCACAGGUGUUCUGCAAGCAGUGCUUUCCUAUAUGUCCUCUUUCGCCCUGAGAGCAGAGUUACUUUGAUUGGCUUUCUGUUUUUUGCUUUUUUAAUUCCCGGCUGGCACUUUGCUCGUUGCACUUGAGUUUAUCGCCCCUUAACUAAAGAAUUCAGGAUGACUCUAGAAACGAGAUCUGGGUUUCAGAGCUUCCGCAUCUGAGAAGAAAAUGUCCCAUAGCUCUUGACUCUUUUCCAAACAAUCCUGGUUAUUUAUGGCUUUUUCUUUACCUUGCCCAAGAUUGGCCUUGAGGCAGCUUUUUUCUGUGGCUUUCUUUGCCCUUCUCAUUUUCUCAGAGGCUUGGGAUCUUAGAUGGAACCCCCGGAUAAAAGAACCAAGGGGAGGGGUGGGAUGGGACUUCUUUUGGGGGGUAGGGGGGUUGGUUGGUUUUUAAAAUUAGCCAUUCUCUGCUGCUAUUUCCUUGUAUAAUGUAAGUUUUAACCUUAGUUUUGGAGAUGAUUGAGAUGUACUUGAGGCUUUUUUUUUUUUUUUUAUGAGAAAAUGCUUUGUGAAUUUUAUUUUAGGAUGGUCCUCUCCCAAACUUGCGCUAGACAUUACAUAUUCUUUGGGUCUUGUUGAAAAGCAAAAGUCGGGCAAGAUUGGGGUCACAGCCCUUUGUUCAGCAUGGACCAAGCGGGCCUUGGGGAUUAUAGCAUCUCCGGAAGUGGCUACAGAACUCUAAUUUACACAGAAAGCCAAGGAGGUGCUACUUGGGGCUGUAAUAGCAGAGCUCCCAGUGAGACUGUUGGGUAGUCAGUUUUCUAUAUGAGAGAUUGGAAUCUAGUUUUUAUCAUCCACCAACAAUGGCAAAGGACAAAGUGGCGCAAUUAUGCAAUCCAUUUAACUCAUAAACAUAUUACCCUGAGUAACUGUGGCCAGCCAUUCAUCUCAUCCUUGAUUGGGUACUCGUGAAAUCAGACGUGUUCCUGUAGAAAGAAUUUUAAAUCGGGCUGUCUAUGCACCUCUCAAGAAAAGAGAAAAUAGGUCGUAUCAAACAACGGCAGGGAAAUACUUCAGCAAUUCUAAUCCACGUUGGGUUUUCAGCUGUAUCUACGUCUAAAGCAAUAGCACACAAGGACUGAAUUCUCUUCUGCACUGUAAAAUCAUAAUUGUGGAAUUACAGGGAUUCUGGUGAGGAUAUUAAGGUGAAAUAACCAAAACAAAAACCAGGAGGCCCCAUUUUAACAAACAGUUGACAAGAAAGGAAAUUUUAAUGAGAGAGAGAACCUAUAACUUCAUUUUGGAAAUGUUUCUCUACCACAUAAGGGCUUUUUUCCCUCUCACGUAAGGAGCCAGAUGAAUUUAGAAGACGUGAAAAGAGGCAGCUGUAGAACUUGGUCUUCCAAGUACCUGCGUACCUUUAUUGAGCUUAAUCAUCGUCAUGUCAAAUUGCCAUGAUCUCACUAAAGGAUUUCUAUUUGCUGUCAGUUAAAAAUACAUCCCUGAGAGUACAUUUUUAUUCUUUCUACUGGGUGCAUUGUCUGUUUUCUUUGUAAAUUCAGUACAAUAAACAAAUUAUUUAAUAACCUACAUGUUUCCAGAAGCUUUCUGUUCAUUUGUUGCCCAAGUUGGUCUGACCCAGGACUCAGAGUGGGAGGAAAGGAUUAGUUGAAUAAACUUUUUAAAUUAUGCAAUGAAACUAUACAGCUUGAGCAUAUGUCAUUUUGUGGUGUUGGUAGCUUUGCUUCUAACUUUAAACUGGGGGCAGGGUGGAGAUAUCAAAACACAUUUUGGAAAGUUCUGAGGCAAUUAUUAUUCUCUACAACCUUUUCCUAUAACAUUUGUAGGGGUAUUUUGUUUGUUUUUCUCAGAGUACAAAACUCAGCGUGUACAAAAUGCAGAAGACUUGGGAACAGACUGUUACUACAGUACUGGCACGAUGACUACUACUGUACACAGGUUUUCAUACACUUGUCUGAUUCACUCCUUAGGGUGAAUUCUUAGAAAUACAAUUGCUGGGCCAAAGAGUAAGCACAUUUUUAAGGCUUUUAGCAAAUGUUACUUAUCUGGAGAACAGGUGGACUGUGUACCAACAGUGUUUGAACCAGUCUGUUGUAAUCUCACUUGCUUUUUUUUCCUAAUAGCCAGUUUGAUUGCAAACAAAAACUAAAGCCACUUGAAAAGAGCAGAUAAGCAGUUACUAUCUUGUUUUAAUUUGCAUAUAAGAUUAUUAGGUAAAAAACUUGUUUUAUGGGUCUUUGGAAGUUUUUAUUGAAGUCCAGUGUUUGUCAUUUAUUCAUAAAAAAAUUGCCAUUUCAACCAUUUUUAAGUCUACAACUGAGUGACAUUAAUUACAUUUACUGUGUUGUGCAACCGUCACCGCUGUUCAUUGCCAACAGUUUCAUAUCGCCCCAAACAAACUCAGCACCCCUUAAGCAGUAACUAACCAUUCCCUUCUCUU